AUAUCUCUCUUUCUUUAUACCAAAACAUUUGGUCAAAUCUUUCUCUUUUUCUCUCCUUCUCCUUCUCCACCCAUAAAGGAUCGAUCUAUUCCCUCAUUUCCUGCACUUUCAGACCAUCUUAACACCAAACAAUCAAUACUCAUCUCUAUCUAUAAUAACACCCCUUUUCACUAUUCACUCUAAACUCUCUAAACACACAAAACAAGCCUCACCCAUUGUCUAAAUAUCUAUAUAUCUAUAUAUGUAUGUAUAUGUAGAUAUAUAAUAGUAACAAGGAUAGCAAGAAGAGAAAGGAAAAAUAGAUAGUUUAAGAAGAAAAAGAAGAAGGGGAUCUUCUUCCAUGGGAAGAUCACCUUGUUGUGUGAAAGCACAUACCAAUAAGGGUGCGUGGACUAGGGAGGAGGAUCAACGACUCAUAGAUUACAUCAGAGCUCAUGGAGAAGGAAGCUGGCGAUCCCUUCCUCAAGCUGCUGGCUUGCUCCGAUGCGGUAAGAGCUGUAGACUCCGGUGGAUAAACUACCUCCGGCCGGAUCUCAAGAGAGGGAAUUUCACUGACAAAGAAGAUGAUGUUAUCAUUAAGCUACACAGUUUGUUUGGAAACAAGUGGUCAUUGAUAGCUGCGAGAUUACCUGGUAGAACUGAUAAUGAGAUUAAGAAUUACUGGAACACUCAUAUCAAACGCAAACUGAUUAGUCGAGGCAUUGAUCCACAAACUCACCGAUCGCUCAACUCUUUCGUGGCGAGAAAUUCUCAAAAUCAAUUGCCUGAUGUUGAUUUUUCCGGUAGAAACACAUCAUCAUCAUCCUCUUCGAAGAAGAAGAAGAAGAGGAACGCCGGAUCAUUUGAUGACGGGAAGGGAAGCGGAAGCGGUACGACGGAAGAAGAAGAAGAAGCGCCUAAACCUCCUCCUCCGUUUGACGGCGACGACCACUGUGAGUCCGUCAAUCUGGAUCUAUCGAUUGGGCUGCUGAACUCUGUCAGUAAGCAGCCAAACAGAGAGAAGCGGCGAACACCUCUAUAUGAAGAGACGGCGGCUUCUACGGCGUCGGUGUCGCCGUCGGCGAUUUGCUUGUGCUGGCAGAUUGGUUUUCAGAGUAUUGGACACUUUUGUAGUAAUUGCCAACCAGCAAGCGGAUCGUGUGGGUUCAGAUGAUUUUGCCCAUGUGAUUAGAGGAGAUAUUUUAUUAUUAUUAUUAUUAUUAUUAUUACACAAUUUUAUAAGAAAUGUAUAAAUUUCUUAUUAUUUUCAAAUUAAAACAGUCAAAUUAUUUUAUUUUUCUAAUAAUUACUUGUA